ACGCAGCGUAGGGGAGGAGAAAAUGGAGGAGGCGUUGCGGGCUCCUGGACUGGGGAGGAGUCGGAUAGACUGUACCAUCGAGAGGGGGAGACAGGGUUAAACUACUGGGCGACACCUGCCGGGGGGAGAAGGCUGACCUCGCACAUGCAUGGAGUAGCUCUGAGAAUGCGGGUACUACUGAGCUAGCUGGUGUGGUUGAGCAGGGGCAGGAGAAGGAGGCAUCUAACUACUCUCCACUGCUGGAAAGAUCCUUGCCGGUGUUAUCCUCAACAGACUCCUGUCAUCUGUUUCAGAGCAGAACCUGCCUGAAUCACAAUGUGGCUUCCGACCAGAUCAUAGCACCAUCGACAUGGUCUUCAUGGUGAGGCAAAUGCAGGAAAAAUGCCUUGAGCAGAACCUGAGUCUCUACAUUGUCUUCAUAGACCUGACAAAGGCGUUCGAUAUAGUGAAUAGGGACGAAUUGUGGGUGAUCCUUAGCAAGCUUGGUUGCCCAGCAAAAUUUGUCAAACUGAUCCAGCACUUUCUUGUUGAUGACAGGGGAAGUCCUAUCUGGUGGAGAGACUUCAGAUCGCUUCAACAUCUCCAAUGGCGUGAAACAAGGCUGUGUCCUCGCUCUGGUACUAUUCAACCUAUUUUUCACCCAAGUAUUAUGACAUGCUGUGAUGGAUCUAGACCUGGGCGUCUACAUCAAAUACAGACUGGAUGGCUCAUUAUUCGACCUUCGCCGCCUGACUGCAAAACAAAGACAACAGAGAGACUCAUCCUGGAAGCUCUCUUUGCAGAUGACUGUGCUCUCAUUGCCCACCAAGAAAAUCAUCUUCAAACCAUUGUGAACAGGUUCUUCACCACAACAAAACUGUUUGGCCUGACUAUCAGCCUCAGCAGAACAGAGAUGCUGUUCCAACCUGCACCAGGGAGGCCAACAAACCAGCCAUGCAUUACAAUUGAUGGCACACAGAUUUCUAACGUCAACACUUUCAAGUACCUGGGCAGCACCAUCGCCAACGACGGGUCCCUAGACCACGAGAUUAAUGCCAGGAUCCAAAAGGCCAGCCAGGCACUCGGGCGGCUGCGCUGCAAAGUCCUCCAACACAGAGGUGUAAGCACUGCGACAAAGCUCAAAGUGUAUAAUGCAGUGGUCCUCAGCUCGCUCCUGUAUGGUUGCAAGACAUGGACACUGUACCGGAAGCACAUGAAACAGCUGGAGCAAUUCCACCAACGCUCCCUCCGGUCAAUCAUGAGGAUCCCAUGGCAGGACUGAAUCACCAAUCAGGAAGUCCUCGACAGAACCAACUCCACCAGCAUCGAAGUCCUGGUCCUCAAAACCCAGCUACGAUGGUCUGGACACGUUAUCCGCAUGGACCCACAGCGAAUACCAAGACAGAUAUUCUAUGGGGAACUGUCAGCUGGACUCAGGAAACAAGGUUGACCAAAGAAAAGAUUCAAGGAUCAGCUAAAGUCCAACUUGAAGUGGGCUGGCAUUACACCAAAGCAACUAGAACUCGCUGCCUCUGACAGAAGCAGCUGGCAAACCCAUAUUAACCAUGCCUCCUCCACCUUUGAAGAUGAGCGACGUCGACGUCUUGCCGCUUCGCAUGAACGCCGACACCAGGCUACAACCGCACCUCCCGUAACAACUGGCGUCCCAGGCCCCAUGUGCCACAAGCUCUGCGCCUCAGCCUUUGGACUCCAAAGCCACAGGAGGGUACAUCAAUAGAUGAUAAUGCACAAAGACAAUCGUCAUUCUCGGUCACCGAGAGACUACCACUAUUAUUAUUAUUAUUAUUACUUAUUACAGAGCUAUACCAGCUUUUUGAGAAGAGGAAAGAGCAUGGGGUCCUGAAAUUUCAUCGGAAUAAAAGGUCUGAGAAUGAGACAGGAUCAUAGACAUCAUCUCCUUCAAGGAUCACAUUUCAUAGAUGAGGAGACCACCGAAGAAGGCAAUGGGGGACUCUGGGCAAGUUACUUAACACCAUUUGCCUUCUCUUUGCUCUUCUCUCUCUUUUUUUAGACCCUUGCCUUCUGUCUUAGAAUCAAUACUGUGCAUUGGCUCUAAGGCAGAAAAAUAUGAAGGGCUAACCAUUGGGGGGUUAAGUGACUUGCCCAGGGUUGGACAGCUAGGAAGCAUCUGAGGUCAAAUUUGAAUCCAGGACCUCCCAUCUCCAGGCCUGGCUCUGUAUCUGUUGAGCCAGCUAAAGUUGUUAGAGUUGUUAUGAAGACAGAGAGCAAGGGGAAGAAGAAGGAAGAAGAGGAAGAAGAAAAAGAAGAAGAGGAGGAGGAAGUGGAGAAGAAGAGGAAGAAGGAAAGAGAAGAAGAAAACAGCAAUGGCAGUGACUUGGUGAUGACAAUGAUGGUAACAACAAGGGUUGAGAUCUGAACUCGGGUCCUAUCCUUCCAAAUACAGGGCUCACACAUCAUACUGCCUCCUUGGAGGGAAUUUCAUUUAGAAGGUUCCCCUGAGACGAUGUAAUUUGCACAAAAUUGCCUGCAAACAGGUGUAUCUGGAGGCUUUCAACAUCUUUGGGGAAGAACCUCCUGCCAUUCAGACUCAGUACUAGACAUCCUCGGUGACAGUGGCACACUCACUUUUGGCAUACAUGCGUCUUCCUGUUUCAGUCAGUAGGCAUUUUAAGUGUCUAUUGUGAGUAUGCACUUGCCUUAAAGCCUGGGAUACAAAAAGAGGCAAAACUCCUUGAGGACAGGGGCUGUCACUGUUUUUGGCAAUUUUUGAUAUUCCCAGAGCUUACCCAGUGCCUGGCACAUAACAGGUGCUUACUAAAUGUUUUUUUGACUGAUUGAUUUGAGUCUAAGUGGGAAAGAUGACAUGAAAACAACUGUGUACAAACAAGCUGUAUACAGGAAAUUGUAGAUAAUCAAUAAAAGGAAGGUACUAGAGAUAAAGGAAGGUACUAGAGAUAAUAGUUAAGGCUUCAUGAUAUUAAUAAUUAGAGAGCUGUUGAACAAUGUAAAAUAGAUCACAGUAGAGAUGUAUGACCAGAAAAUGGGCCAGUGAGAGACCAGGAAUCAGGCUAGCUAGCUUGUAUGCAUCAUUGGUGUUCUAGGAGUGCCAAGAGACUGAAGAACCACCAGGAGGAUGUUUACUGGGAGGAAGAUCACAAGAGUCCUACAGGAUAAGAAAGUAUGGAAGGGUUGUGAUCUUUGUUGUUAUUCAGUUGUCCAUAACUCUUUGGAACUCCAAUUUGGGGCUUUCUUGUCAGAGAUACAGGAGUUAUUUGCCAUGUCUUUCUCUAACUCAUUUUACAGAUGAGGAAAAUUGAGGUCAGCAGAAUUAAGUGACUUGCCCAGGGUUACACAGCUAGUAAGUGUUUGAGGUCACCUUUGAACUCAGGUCUUCCUUAUCCCAGGUCUGGCACUCUAGCUACUGUAAUAUUUAGCUGUCCUACUGUGAUCUUUCUAAUCUAAUCUAAUUUAAUUUCUAAUUUCUAAUCUAAUUUCUAAUCUAAAGGAAUCAUUCUAAAUACUGCAUGGCCUCUUCCGACCACUGCUCCCCACCUCCCUUUUUGCAUUUCUUUCUCCCAUUAGGUUCCAUUUAUUUAAGCUUUUAAUAGCUCAAAACCUCACUAAGACUUUUGGGAUAUUCCAGUAUAUCUUAGAGUAUGGAAUGUACAUAGUCAUUUAUAUUUUGUCUCCUCCAUUAGAAUGUGAGCUCCUUGAGUUUUUGCCUUUCUUUGUAUAAAGUCACAGCUAGAUGGCUAAUGGAUAGAGAACCAGGCUUACAGACAAGAGGUCCUUAGUUCAGAUCUGGCCUCAGACACAUCCUAGCAGUGUGACCCUGGACAAGUCACUUAACUCCAGUUAUCUACAGCUCUUCCAUCUAGGAACCAUUACUCGGUUUCAUAUAACCAAUCCUAAGAGAGAAGGGUAAGGGUUUAAAAAACAAAGGAUAAAUGUGCUAUCUCUUCAUUUACCUAAUUUUUACCGUCUAUUAAAAAAUUCCAAAUUCCUUAAUCCAGCAUUUAAGGUCCUCCAAAAGGUUGGGCCAUUCUAAGCCAGAAGAUAAAGGUUUAAAAAAAAGAAGAAAGGGUUUAACUGUGCUUAAUACAGUACCUGGCACAUGUUAGAUGUGAGAUUAUUAAGAUAAUCAGAUGCUUACUGAAUAAUUGGUGGCUCCAUUAUCUGUCUAGUGUAGGGGAAAGGACCCUGGAUUUGGAGGUCUAGGUUUGAGUCUCAACUCUAGUAUUUUCUACUUGAAUUGCCCUGAGCAAGUCACUUAAACUCCCUAUUUUAUUUUCUUCUUUAAAAUGGGGUUAGUGAUGGAAGGGGAGGUGUAAGAAAGACAUCUAUGAGAGGUAUGCCGGUAAAUGUUUAACAACUAGCUCUUGGAGCAAAAAAUGUACACUAGACAUGCUUUUACUUUUAAUCUGCAUUUUAACAUUUCCUCCAUCACUUUCUUGAGCCUCAACAAUCAACAAAACAAUAAAUCAAGCCUUGAUUUGUAAGUAUUUGCCAACUAUUGCUGUUGUUCAGUUGUUUCAGUCAUGCCUGACUCUUCCUUACCCCUUCUGGGGUCUUUUCUUGGCAAAGAUAGCAAAGUAGUUGCAGAGGUGUAAAAGGUCACACUGAAGAUUUAACAAUCAGCUCUUCAGAGCUGGUAUCAACAGGGUUCAGCCUGCUCCUAGGUUCUUUGCAGCUCUAAAUCCUCAGCUUCUAUGAUAUCCUAAACCUCCCCCUACAUACUCCCGUCAGAAAUAUUUUCACAAACUGCUGUCUGGUAUCCCUGUGGCUCCCGGCAGUCCAACAUCUGCUCCUGGUUUAGAAGGAAUUCUGCCUUUCUCCCUCUCAGCUCAGGCCAUGUGAGGGUGGGGGUGGGAGAAUCAGCUCACAAGACUGUCGUUCUUCACUCUCCCUAAGUAUUCUUGGAGCAGCCAGUCAACCAGCCAGCUAAGAGCCUUGGCUCAGAGGAAGAGAAAUCUCAGAGAAAAAGGUCUUUAGAGAUCUCCUAGCAACUUUGUUGUUUUACAGAUUUGGAAACUGAUGCUUACAGAGAUCUCUUGCCUGAGAUCACAAGCAAUAAAACCAGGAUUCAAACUCAGCUCUCCUGGGUAAAGAAACUUAGCCUGGAGGACAGGAGAAUUGUGUUCUAUUCUUAGUUGUAUGACUUGGGACAAGUCACCUUCUAUCUAGAAGGCAGCUAGGUAUCAAAGGAGAAAAUCAGGUGGUACAGUGGGAAGUGAUGGACCUGGAGUCAAGAAGACUUGAGUUCAAAUCCAGCCUCAGGUGCUUCCUAGUUGUAUGAGCUACCCUGGCAAGCCAUUUAAACCCUGUUUACCUCAUUUCCUCAUCUGUAAAAUGGGGAUAACAAUAGCACCUGUAUCCCAGGGCUGUUGUGAGGAUCAAAUGAGACAAUAUUUGUAAAGCCUAUUAUUAGCACAUAGUAGGUGACACAGAAUUUCUUGGUUCCUUCUCUUUCCUCUGUAUCACACCAUUCUUGUUUAUAAAACAAGAUAUUCAAGGAACCCUCCAACAUGCUUUUUAGUUCUCACAUUCUAGUAUUUUGGCACUUUGUACUGCAUUAUAUGAACUAGACCCUGCAUUUUACCUGAGGGUGGGCAUGUUAGCAUUUGGGUACCUGAAGGUUGGAAGGAAUCAGCAUCUUUCCCCUGGGACUAAUGAUGAAGGAAAGGCAGAUAGACACAGAUGGAGAUAGUUGGAGAAGAGAAAGACUGAAUGAGAAGAAAAGAGAAAGAGGUGAGAGACAGAGAAAUAUAGGUGAGAAAGAAGAGAAAGGUGGGAAGAGAGAGACAGGGACAAAGCGGAGAUAGAUCUUUGUGUAGCUAGCUUUCAGCAGGACAAGGCUGAACAGGCAGGUAUAAGCUAAGGGCUACCCUACCUCUUGAGAGUCAUCAGAGUUGUGGCUUUGGUUCUGAACCUAUUUUCGGGCUUACAUACAGAUAAAAUUCUGCCUUGAUACUCCUCUUAGAGAGGGGAGGAGAUAUUUCUUUCUUUUUUUUAAAUUUUAUUUGGUCAAUUUCAAACAUUAUUCCUUGGUUACAAAAAUCAUAUUCCUUCCCUCCCUCCCCUCCAUCCACCCUUUCCGUGUAGCCAAUGUGCAAUUCCACUGGGUAUUACUUGUGUCCUUGAUCAGAACCCAUUUAUUUCCAUGUUGUUGGUGUUUGCAUUAGGAUGUUCAUUUAGAGUCUACAUCCUCAGGCAUAUCCCCUCGACCCAUGUAAUCAAGCCGUUGAUUUUCUUUGGUGUUUCUAUUCCCACAGUUUUCCCUCUGAAUGUGGAUAGUGUUCUUGCUCAUAGAUCCCUCUGGGUUGUUCAUGAUCAUUUCAGUGAUCAUGGAGAUCUAAUGGAGACUAAUGGAGAAGUUCAUUACAUUCGGUUGUACCACAGUGUAUCAGUCUCUGUGUACAAUGUUCUCCUGGUUCUGCUCCUUUUGCUCUGCAUCACUUCCUGGAAGUUGAUCCAGUUCCCACGGAAUUUGGAAGAGAUAUUUCUAAGCCCAGGAGGUUCCAGAUCUAGCUGAUUCUUCUUCUUUACUGGCAAGGCAGGUAUGGUCCUUCUCUUACUCUCUGAAAAGGUAGGCUAAGCCUCAGACCAUAUAAGCUAUGACUAACCCCUAAACACAUAUCUUAUAUGAGGAAAGUUCUUCACAAAUACAGGGAAUGAAUAAAUAAAGUAUUUAUUAAGUGCUUACUAUGUGCCAGCUACUGUGCUAAGGUCUUGGGAAUAAAAUGAUUAAAAAUUAAAAAAAAAAAGACAGUCCAUGCCAUCAAGGAGCUUACAUUUUCAUGGGAAAAGACAACACAUAAAAGGAAAAUAGAAAGGGGAUAGAAUGAAGGUUUCUGGCUGGUAGAGAAGUCUAGAAUACAGUCUGAUGAGAGAUGAAGACACAGUUGGCCUUGACAUACUCUUAAUUAAUUUAUUUAUUUGGUUUUAAACACUUACCUUUCAACUUAGAACCAAUACACGGUAUUGAUACCAUGUAUUGGUUCCAAGGCAGAUGAGCAGUAAGGGCUAAGCAAUGGUGGUGAAGUGACUUGCCCAGGGUCACACAGCUAGGAAGUGUCUGAGUCCAGAUUUGAAUCUGGGACCUCCUUUCUCUAGGCCUGAUUCUCAAUCCACUGAGCAACCCAGCUAGUCUGAUACACUCUUUAAAAGGAGGUUCUGGAAGUAGUCAUCCAUUUAGAAGAAGAGAUCAAAGAAGUGGAGGGUACUUCUAAGGUGUGAAGUGAUCUCUCACACUGAAGAGAUAUUUGGGGAAUCAUGAAAGGGUCCUGAGGGAAGUCUUAAUAAACUUUUGAUUAAUUAAUUGACUGAGACAGGGAAGAAGGCAAAACCAUUGUUUUCAACUCUGCCUUGGCAUUCCUGCCUUGAUUUUAUCUCUCUCUCUCUCUGUCUCUCUCUGUCUCUGUCUCUGUCUCUGUCUCUGUCUCUGUCUCUGUCUCUGUCUCUGUCUCUGUCUCUCUCUCUCUCUCUCUCUCUCUCUCUCUCUCUCUCUCUCUCUCUCUCUAUGUACCUGUAGGUAGAUAGGUAGAUAUAGAUGUGUGUAAAGAUAGAUAGAUAGAUAGAUAGAUAGAUAGAUAGAUAGAUAGAUAGAUGGAUGGAAGGAUAGGUGCACAGGUGGAUGGAUGGAUGGAGACAGGCAGGCAAACAGAUAGAUGGAUGGAUGGAUGGAUGGCUAGACAGACAGACAGCCAGAUCGAUAGAUAGACAGAUAGAUAGAUAGAUUGUUUAGUUGUUUUGGUUGUGUCCAACUCUUCCUGACCCCAUUUGGAGUUUUCUUGGCAAAUAUACUAGAGUGGUUUACCAUUUCCUUCUUCAGUUCAUUACAGAGGAGCAAACUUAAGCAAACAGAGUUGAAUGAAUUGCCCCGGGUCACACAGUUAGCAAGUGUCUAAGACUAGAUUUGAACUCAGAAAGAUGAGUCUGUUGGUGGAGAGGAAUGUUCUGCCUUGUGUGAGUAGUGGUGCAGAAUUGGUGAGAGUGGAAGAGCUCCAGCCUUCUCCAGUCUCCUUCUGGACCUCAAAAGUUCCAAUCCCCUUUGGGGUUCCUCAGGCUUCUGGUCUUCUUCAACUCUCUUUAUGCAUCCAGGAACUUCAUGCUUCUGGCUUCCAGCUUCGUGAAGAAAGAUGGAUGAUGCCAACCCCACUUCAAGUUGCUGAAGGAAAAGACUCAGAAAAAGAGGAGAGCUGGUGGCCUCCAUUCUGUUCCGGCUUUGCUAUUCUAGAGCCUAUAGGGAGUUUGGACUCUCUCUCUUGGUUGCACUCAGCAAUCUUGCUCCCAUUGAGAAAGCUACUUUACUCUGUAUUGUCUGGUAUGCACUCUCCUAUGAGUACGGUCUCUGAUUUCUGUUUUAACAGCAUUUGGAUAAAUGGAUUUCUUGGCUAUUUGCUAUAUAUGUGUUCAUUGUGGAACUGGUAUUUGGUGAGAAAGAAGUUAUGCCUUGGAUAUAGAUCUUGGGAGGGAGGUUUCCCUUCCCCCCAAAACAAUACAGAAGUGAUCAAAAGUUAGAUGGAACCCAAUCAUAUCCCACAGACUAAUAAUAUUUAAGGGAGCACAUAGAUAUACUUCUAGCCUGGUGCCCUUUCUCUGAGGAGAGCAGAGUGAGUGAUCUCCUGCUUCCCCUCUUGGCAGCGAUGAAAGACUGCCUUGGAGAAGAGUUGGAUGGAGAUAUCUACUCCAUCUCCCUUUGAGCCAUACAAGGACAGUCUACUGGGCUUCUGCCUCAGUUGCACAUGCACACAAACACACACAUGUAUGUAUACAUGUACAUAUAUACACACAUGUGUCAAAUAUAUUAUAUAUGACAGCAGCAAAACCCUAUAUCUUUAGUGCUAUUUUUUUGGACAGUGGCUCAUUUCUUCCUCCAUUUGGAAGUGGGGAGUGUCCCAUGUGCUACAUAAAAUUCAGCAUAAACAGGAGCUCUCAUAAUGCCUACCGGCCCCAAGGUGACCACUGGCUGCCUUUUUCCCAGGGUCUUAGCAAUUUCUGUAUUUGAGGCAGAAAAGGGGGGGGGAAAAGCAGCCAUUUUUCUUCCUCGGCUCCAUGCUCCUUUUUCCAGCAUCUGGUUCAUCUUAGUCAUUUGGCUCCCCUCACCAGUAAUCAUCAUCAAUAAUGUUUAUCCACUGGGGCCUCAUAUUUCAUAUCUCAUGUGUGGCGGCCUCCUGGCUGGUGAGACUUCCCGCUCCAGCUGGGAGCCUGGGGCCUCUGCUGCCUGCCUUCUGUCUCCCACUGAUCCCUGGGGCUGAAAGGGGUUGAGGGGGGGGAGACUCCUGUGGAAGUUUCCUCUGAACUAAUGAAAUUCUGGCUGUCAGUUCAGCUUGGACUGUAUGGCUACCCACUCUAGCUCUCUCACAGGUUCCCAACAUUAAGGUACUUUUCUUCCCACAUUUCUGGAAUUGAGUGACCAAAUCUACAGGUCCCCCCUCCCUACUUUCCUGCCUCCCACCCAACCCUGUGGAUUGAUUACUAGUUGUUCUCCCCUUGAUUUAUCUCCAGAAAGAAGUUUGAUGGUCCUCCUUGGAGAUAUUAUUAAAAAGCUUUUUUUUUUUUU